AUGCACUUCAGAGGAUUUAUUUUUGUUGACUUGGUUGGAGUCAAAGAAGAAACUUUUCAGCAUUUUUUACAGUCACACUUUCCUUCAAUAAAAAUAACUGUUUCAAAAAAGGCUGAUUCGAUCUUCCCAAUUGUUGGUGCUGCUUCAAUUUUUGCAAAAGUGACUCGUGACCGACGUGUUUCUAACUGGAUUCUGGAUGGGUUUACAUCCCCGGAAGAAGGAAUUGGUUCUGGUUAUCCAUCAGAUCCAAUGACGAAAUGUUACAUCUCAAGAACUUUGGACUCACUCUUUGGAUUUUCUCCGUUAGUCCGCUUCAGCUGGCGAACGAUAGAAAAACUGAUUGGAAAUAAAGCAGUGAAGUGCUUUUGGAACGUUCAGGGAACUGAUGAUGACCCUUUAAAGCAGCGUACACUUAAAGAAAUUUGGGCGUCUAAUUCAGCCGAGGGAAAAGACAAGCAUGAGCAACACCGAAAACAUACAAAAAGAUUGAUAAGGCACCGAUUUUUUGCCGAAAGAGGCAUUGCAAAUAUUGAUAUAAUUGUUUGA